AUUAAAAAAAAAAAUAAUAAUGAAUUUCUUGAGAACUUUGUUCGACGGCUCCCUUAUGGCGGAGAUUAAGGAUUUUAUGGGCAUAUCAAAAAGCGGCACCUCGAAAAUCUUAGCUUCCGACGAUUUAAUGGAUCAGCCGCCACAAAAAAAACGACGUGUUUCCGUCAUUCCAUUGCCGGAGCUGGCAGACAUGGAGCAGCCAUCGCAGCACCGUCGCCGUCGCUCUUCAUUGCCAAAUUUCGGUAGAGUCGAUGAGUUCAGUACUCGUCCCGUCGAGAAUUUGACCAUAGAAAGCGCCGUGCGCUAUCCUACUCCUGGCCAAAUGCUUCGCUCACCAGCUAAACGUAGAAACUCCAUCGGCAACCAACAAGAAGUCAAAAAAUCUACGAAAUUAGCCAUAAGGCGCAGCAGCUUGUGAAUAAAGUCUGACAUUUGAUGGCAA